CGGGACCCGCGCGGCAGCUGCGCUCCCUUGCACCGCGGCUAGAGCUCCGGGUGGUCCGCUGGGCGCGGGACUCGGCGGCUCCGCGGGCUUCAGCCGCAGCGUUUUCCCGGCCAGGCAUCUGGCCGCAGCCUCAGGACACAAGAUGGACCCGUCCUCUGUCACAGAAAUGUCUGCCCCAGCUCAGCCACCCACUGAAGGGGCAGAAGGGACUGCCCCUGGAGGUGGUCCCCCUGGCCCUCCUCCUAAUACAACCAGUAACAGACGACUACAGCAAACCCAGGCACAAGUGGAGGAAGUGGUGGACAUCAUGCGUGUCAAUGUGGACAAGGUCCUGAAGAGGGAUGAGAUACUGUCACAGCUAGAUGACCGAGCGGAUGCCUUGCAGGUGGGAGCAUCACAAUUUGAGAGUAGUGCUGCCAAGCUAAAGAGGAAGUAUUGGUGGAAAAACUGCAAGAUGAUGAUCAUGCUGGGAGCUAUCUGUGCCAUCAUCGUGGUAGUCAUUGUAAUCUACUUUUUUACUUGAGAAUGUGCCACCCCCUUCCCUGUUCUCCAUCGCCAUCCAGACUUACGUCCAUCUCCUUCUGUUUGCUCUCUCAACAAACGUCCCCAUAUACCUUCCUCCACCCUGUCCUGGCUUCUCCAUUGCCCAGUCUUCCUUUUCUGUUGCUUUCAUUUGCACUGUGUCCCUCAAUGCUAGAGUUGCUGCUCGUGGCACAGUCUUGAAGUAACUUCCCAAAGAGCAUUAGCUGGUACCUCCCUACCCCCUUCUUAUAUGCUUUUAAGUUCCCCAGGGCCAAAAAGAGCUGGAGGCCAAGAGAAGAGGAGGGGGUAUAGCGGGGGUGACAUGCCCAAGAAGGUGCCAAGAUCGGGGGAGAACAAGGGUGUUGAUGCCCAUGGUGUCACCAGGAAAGGCCAGGGCACUGGCAGGAGGUGGCUAGGGACAGCUGGAACAGCAGCCCAGGGCUGCCCUGGUCACUUGGGGCUCUUCUCCUAGGCCAGGCUGGAAGAGGAUCCUGGAGUGGGCUCAAAGUCCAACUUGGUUCUGGGCAUUGCCCUUUAAGAAAGUUAAACCUGUUUUUGCAGUUAUUUCUAAUCUGUUAGUCCAAGAAUUUCUAUGUCUGUUGGGGAUCUUACAGCCUUUUGCUUUGUUUUCUGGAGACCUAUAGAACACGUUAAUUGCAAAAGUACUGGCUUCAUUCCCAUCCUGGAAGCAGCCCCAUAAUCUCAUAACUACAAGGGGCUGUCUCUCGUCUACAUUUUCUGUGGCAUUCUGUAUUGUUCAGGAGAGCAUUAGAUAAUUUCAAAUGGCCAUAACUGGGGGCUCUCAGUUAGUUUUAGUUGUUGGCAUAGAUAGAGAACGAACGUUAACUAUAGACAGACAACGAGUCAAGGGCCUAAUUUGAAAAAACAAGGUUGGAGGAAGCCACUUCUUGCCAGCUCAUUGGGGACGGUCCUGCUCCUCCCUUCCCGUUGAUAAAGUGUGAGGUGUUAGAAUUGAGGAUCCUUGGGCUCUCAGGGAUUCCUCUCCUCUAUACUGUUCCCAUGUACUCACCAAAGACAGGGUUGAGGCAGGAGGUCCUUCCUGAGGCUGGCCGAAUCUGAGUAUUCAGAGAAGUCUAGGAUCCCUGCCACCCUGGUCUUGGCAGGGAGGCGGGAUGGUCUGUGGACAGGUGUGUUUGUGCACUGCUGUGCUGUCAUGGGGCAUCUAGAGCCACCUGUCUAUUCUUCCUGCAUUGUGUUCCCCUUCUAAACCACCACAUUCUGAUUUCCACUUUGCCUCCUUGCCUUUCCUCUCUGCAUGGUUUGUGGGGGCAGACAGUGGGACCUGAGGAUGGGAGACACAGCUGGGCUUCAGGAUAGGUUGUGGAGUGGGAGAGACCCAAAUUUGAGGGGAGGAAGGUGGCUGGGAGCAGGAAGGGGGAACAUCCAUCACCCCUUAGUCCUCUUGUCUUCUAGCCCACAAGCAAAAAGAGGCUGAGGCCAGGCCAGGCUGGGUCUGGAUGUUCACUUUCCAUGCAGCAGCAUUUCAUUGCGCAGAACCAUGCUUCCUCUCCCUUCGCCCCUGCUUCCCACAUUCCCUUCGUCCUGCCCCAGGGCAGGGCCGAAGAGCUGGAAGAAAGCAGUCAGUAUACCCUCCCA